AUCAUUGAACAGUUGGCUUAUUGUUGUGCGGAAGAAUUGUAAUAACACGUGGAAAAUAUUCGUUUGUAGAGCCAGAGCAUGACGACCGGGUGUCAGUACGUUGAUAGCGACAACGAGGACGACGUGCGACCCGAGAGUGCGGAAAGGAGAGCGGACGAUAACAUGAAGCGGAAGAUACCCAAGCUGUUCAGGAGGAGCUUCUACAAGGAUAAGAAGUCAGAUUUAUUCUGCAAGAAAGCAAAGAAACCACUGUCCAAGAACAGCUCAUUAGAAAAUUCAUUACUUGAUCUUGAUGCACAAGUCAAAAUCAACCAGAACAUUCUUGAUCUUCAAGAACGAACCGGCUUGGCAAUGGUUCAGAAGAAUGGUCAGAGAAAACUUGGCCCACCUCGUGAUUGGACGGGACCUCCACCAGCACCAGGCUGCGAAGUAUUCGUUGGCAGGAUACCUCGGAAUAUCUAUGAGGAUGUCAUUUACCCAAUCUUCAAUCAAGCUGGAGAAAUAUAUGAAAUGCGGUUGAUGAUGAACUUUUCUGGCACGAAUCGAGGUUUCUGCUUCAUCAUGUAUGCAAAACCUGAAUAUGCUCAGAAAGCAAUUGACUUAUUGAACAACUAUGAAAUUCGUCCUGGUUGGUGCAUUGGAGUUGUUGCAAGUGUCAACAAUUGCAGGUUGCACGUUACUGAUUUGCCAUUACACAUAGAUGCACAAAAAUUAAUCCAGAAAAUUUGGCCUAUUUGCGAGGACAUUGACAAAGUCUCUGUUUAUACCAAUACAUUGAACCCCAAGGUAAAACAUGCCUUAAUCUCGUUUAAAACACAUCGAAGUGCAGCAAUGGCAAGGAGACGACUUGUGCCAGAACAGAGCACCUUCUUUGACAAGUCAGAUGUUCGAAUUGAGUGGGCACACCCUAAAAUGCUGAUUUCAGAUGUGAUUGAAGAAUGCGGUUAUUGUGAUGAAGAUGGAAAAAUCACAAUAACGACAAAACAAAUUCAAACAGAAAAGAAAAAUCUGAACAUAAAGAAGCGGCCAUCUCAAAACUUCAAGACUUCUACUCCACAAGCAGCCAAGAAUGUGCAAGCAGUAAAUCAUGCUUCUACAGUCAUUUCUCAGAAAGAUUUUACUAAUAGAUUCAUUUACAACAAAAUUCAAUCAUGUGAUAAAAAUCAAAGAUUAUGCAAAGUAGAACUUUGUAACAAAAGUUAUUAUGUUGGGCAACCAAUCGACUAUAAUGUACAGCGAUUUGACAUGAAUCAAAAUAUCUGCAGACAAGACAAUGGCAGUUUUGAUGAUAGUUCGAUUAAGGGUUUUGAUCAGUUAAAGUAUUCUAUCAGAUCAGAUGAAUCUUUAUCAGAUUUUUCUAGAAGCUCUGAUACUGAUGAUAGUAAAUACUCGUAUUGCUCUAUUAAUACUAGUACCCCUCAACACAAAACUAUGCCACCAUUUUUAAAUCCAUCAAAUUGUUCCGUUGUACGAAUUCCAUGGGGAUAUUAUCCUGUGAGUCAGGCACCAAACAUUUACCAUGGUAAUUUUAACUUUCACACUGUUCUAUUCCCUUGGCAUUUAAUGAAAGUGGCUAGUUCAAAUUCUUGUAGUAUACCUGUAAAUGUAACAUCGGUACCAAACCAUGAGGUUACAAAUUUUGCCGUACCUCAUUAUGAUCUCAAUAAUGUAAAAAAAGUUGAUCAUUUUAGAUCAUGUCAGGCAGUUAACAAGAAUGCAAGGCCAAUUCUCAACCGUAGAACUUUGUUUCAUUAAUAUGAAGCCUAGUAAUCUAAUUACUAGUAAUCUUUUAUGUGCCAUGCAAGAAAGAUUUUUUUUCUUUUUUUUCUAAACUCUAAUCCGAGUUUUCUACAUUUAUGCAAGUUUUAGCUUGCAGUAAUAACGAUUAUGUUUAUUUCAAUUUUUUUCACGAGAAAAAAAACAAUCAUGGCCGGUGCUUGUUGGAUAUUUUUUAAAGUAGAUUUAAGUUAAGACAUAAAAUGGAUCAUUCGCACGUUAAUUUUUUAUGAGACUUUAUAGAUAUAAAAUAAUACGAAUUAAGACUUUUUGGGAAUGAAUCAAACUAUACUCGAGAUUGGAAAAAAGUAGUGUUGUAUAGAUUUUUACUUUUAUCGUGAUAGAAUGAUUUUCUUAAUAAUACCGUUUAUAUCAUCAAGAUUUAUAGAUUAUCUUUAUUUCGUAAGGUGUAUAAAAAACUUAAUUAUUUUAAUCAUCUGAGUCUGAGUAUGUCUGAGUAAAAUGAAUGAAAAUGUCUCCGUAACUUUUAUCUCUGCAUGAAAAUGUGCCAUGGCGUAACGUAAAAAAUAUCUUAAUCUUUGUCUUAUUCCAUCUUUUUCACUGUUUGCAUGUUAAUUCGUGUUAAUUCGUAUUACACAUAUUUUAUAUUUACCAAAAAAUUAUUCCGAUUAUAAAGUUCACACAUAUACAUCACUUCGUACCAUAACCAUGUUCUGUAUGUAUUGCGUUUUUUGUGUUAAUAAAUUUGUUUAAAUGUUUUGUAAUUGAAGUUUCUUAUUGAAAAAUGUGCAAUCUGUUUUUAACAACGCUGUAACUAAUCUAAUGUAACUCGAUAUAAAUUUGUAAAAUUAUGACAUUAUCACAGCGAUUUGCAAAUGAGAUUGCACUUUCGUAUUAUUUAUGUCACAUUGCAAGCCACUAUUAUCAGAAAAAACUGUAUCAACUGCUACCGAUGUUCUUUACUAAGCGUAAACCUCACAUAAAGUACAUGUACAGCGAAGCGCACCACUACAAAUCUCACUAAAGAUAAUCGUGGGAAGCCGAAUAUUGGGCAACUCUCGGCAAGGGGGACAAACAAAGGCUUAAUCGGCUAGGAACAAGAUCGAACAAUACGUCAAGGAGAGAAAAAUUCCGACAAGAGCUGUACGGAUGUAGAAGGAGGACACGGUCACCUUGGCCAUUAGCUUCCGGUGCACAAAGUGUAUGCUUGCUAUUACGGGGCAGGGCUUACUAGGACCUUCGUCUGCGACUACAAGAGCGAAGUUGUAUUUUUUCUGUUGCAAUAAGAAUUGCAAAUUGUAUUGAUUGUGGAACGAACAAAUGAUGGCACUUUUAUCAGUUAUUCAAAGCAAAAUUAUCGAAUUAAUUUUGUCGAUAAAGAAUGCGUAAUAAGAUUUUAUAACUGGUUCUCGCUUACAGAACGCACGUAAUAGCGAGCAAUUGAAAGAGUCAUUGUCAGUGAACGCUUUUAAUUAGCAUUAAAUUUUACAAUAUCGUUCAGUUGUAAGUCAUUCAAUUGUUAAAUUAGUUUUUGCGUAACGCCGUUUGAACAAAACAUUCCGUACAGAAAUAGACCGUUUAAUCAAUCCAGAUUCAAUAGCCGUACAAAAAAAUUAACAAAACGUCCAGUAGAAAGAGAAGCGCGCAAGUUGUAGAAAGUAUUACUGCAAGCGUCAGCCUCCAGAUUCCUGUUAUGCCAUUUUUUCUCGACGCGAUGAGGAUAUCACCAGUUGCCAUUAAGAAAAACAAAGUCCCCAACACUCCGAACAAGAACAUCUAGUAAGAGAAAUAUCAAGAAUGUGAUAAGAAACGAUAAGACACAUUAAUUUUCCAUCGUAAACCUAAACUAACUCAUUGCUCACGUAGAUUUUACUAACCGGUGUAUCUGGAAUCGGAUCGCUACCGCAUUGGCUCACAAUGUCUACCAGCGUGAUUAGUAGAAAAGUAGCGAAUAAAGCCCAAAUCGCGGCGGCCUCGGUCUGUCCGUAUGGCGAGUCCUUGGAAACGGUGUGGCACGUCAGCGCGAAGAGCAAAGUUACCAAAAUCUUGCUUGUGAUGAUGAUAAUGAAAGUUGCAUUAUAAUUGGAUUUAAAAUUCAAAUGUAAUCAACGAAUUCUUGUAACAUGAGAAAUUACAAACUGGAAUAUUCUUAUGGGUUUGACUAUUGGUACGGUGCUUCUGUCAUAGCAGGUUUGAAUAGGUGCGGCGUAAAUUGGUCCGAUCAUUUUUCACUAAUGUACAAUUUUUGCAACUAAAUAUUUGUCUAGGUUAGCUGAUGUCAAUCGCUUGACGUACGCUGCAAAAGUACACGAUGAAACGUAAAGCGUUAUAAAAUUUGAUUAAAUCUCAAAAGAAAUCGAAGACAAUAAGUUUAUUGAAAACUUUGUAUAAAUAUAUAAUAUAUGUAUAUUUUUUCAUCGUAAAAUUAUAACUCUUAUUGGUACAUAUAUAAAGGGUAUUUUGGAGAUUUUUCAUCUCGUUCGAUUGUUCAACUGUAUUCGCAUAUGGUAUAUAACUUAUUCAUGCGCUUAAUAAAGUGGAUAUGCAAUAACGGUGUAAGGUACUGCAAUAUAGACAGAAUUUUUUUACACAACUUCAAUUUGUAGCGUAAAUUGUACCUUUACAGAUGUAUAUAUAAUAAUCUAUAUAAUAUAAUAUAAUUUGUCUCGCAUAUAACACACAAAAAAACGUUACAACUUAAAAAAAUAAAAA